UGCCUUAAACAUUCGAGAAUGUCUCUUGUCUUUUUUGAAACGUAUAUUAUUGGAGUAUUGCUUAUUGGCAAGUUCUACCCUUCGCUUCUGAAAUUUACAAACUAUAUUGAAAUAAUGCAAGUAGUGACAACUUGUAAGCCAUACAUUUUCCGAUAACGACAAAAUGUACUGGAUGCAAAACAAUACCAAUAAUUACAAUAACCACCACGGUGAUUACUUUUUAACAAUGAGUUUAAGGAUUAACGCAGUAAAAAUGCAAAAUAUGCAUGGUGUGCUGUGAAGCGUCAUAAGUCUUGGUCUAUUAACUGUGAACUGUGUAAGCCCUUUCGAUACAUGUAUGAUUGUAAAUUUGUAUUCUUACAGGGCUUGAAAUAACGUUCCCAAAGUUCUCGAUCAUGACUUUCCCUGAUUUUUUCAGGUUGAAAACUGAAACUCUGCUUUUCCGCCGAUCAUAAGCAAUUCCAUGCCGAUCAUUGAUCGGUUGUUAUUUCAAGCUCUGUCUUAACAAUUUUUAAUUGAUACUGAUUUCAAAUGACUAAAGCCAUGUAAUAAUUAUCCCAUGCAACUGUCAGGAAGGGCGAAAUUUUGAACGGAGGACAAAAAUCCUAAAGAAAAGGUGAAGUUUCUAAAGGGGGGCGAAUUUCCUAAAGGGGGGCGAAUUUCCUAGGAUUUUCGCCCCCAGGGGGGGCGAUAUUCCUAGGAAUUUCGCCCCCCGGGGGGCGAAAUUGUAGGGGGGGCGAAAAUCCUGGGACACCGGCCAUGCUUUUUUAUUAGUUCCGGUGCACCCCUAAAGUGAAUUUGCAAUUGAUUUGACCAGAGGCUCUUUGCAUUUCUUUUUGUCUCCCCAUUCUAUUGUUGUUUUUUUCUGGAUCAAGAGUAGCAUUCAUUGAACACAGCCCCAAACUAUAGUAUUUCUUAAAUUCUAGAAAGUUAAGUUUCUGUUGGCUAGCAUACAACUAUAAGUUUGGGAAUUUUUCUGACUCUAUUUGAUGCUAUAAUCACUCGUACAGUAUAUUGUUUAGGACACGUCCAAUUUUUUGUUAGAUCUCAGAAUUGCAACAGUUGGGUUAUGAAAUGAUGGUGGUUACAAGUGGUGCUGUUGCAUUUGGAAAGCAAAGACUACGACAUGAAUUACUUCUCUCUCGUAGUAUGAGGCAAUCAUUGAGACCCAAUGAACAUCCUCAGGUACAAUGAAUAUAACAUUGACCUCAUUCUUUAGUGAAACAAAGAAAAUUAAUAACAAUGACAAUUGACACACAGUACAUGUGAGCAUUAAGAAAUACAUUAUAAAACAAAUAUGCAUGGGAAAGAAGAACACAUACAGAAACGUGGCGAACUAGAAAGAAUGAGGCAUGAUAAGAAUUUAAAUACUCAGAAGUAAAUAGAUUCAGAAAAAUACAAACAGCAUAAACGCCAUAUUAAAGAACAAUGACAAACAAUACCACAUACAAUAAAAUAAUUAAUUAAGUUAACAUACUGUACAUUUUAACACUGAAAAAUAUCAUGUGAAAAAUACACUGUACAUGAAUUCAUAGAUUGAAAUAAAAAUUGAAAGUUGAAUAGAAAUGACACCCAGGAAAAAUGAAGCAAUGCACAAAACAGAAUAACAUGAAAAAGUUCAAGGCUCAUGGGUUAAACGGAAAACUGAGGAUGACAAUUAACUGAACUGACAGGCAAAAUAGGAAAUAUAGAAAAUAUUUUAAAAACUGUAGUUUUAAUUGUACAAAUUGUAUAUAUUGUUAAUUAUUUAGGGUAAUUUGAUGCCACAGCUUGAACCAAGAGCUUGUGCUGCUGUAGGUCAGGGUGGUUUACUUUCAUUAUAUGAAGCAAUGUUUAGUCAAUAUGGAUUGACUUGUGCUCAGGUAAAUAUUGUAUGGACCAAUUCAGUUUAAAACGUUUUUGAAUCGAUAUACAUUCAUACACAAAAUCUAAGUGUAUUCUUCUUUCAAACUUAUGCAUGUGCAUAAUACUUUGUAGAAGGUGAAUCAAAUCAUUAUAUUUACAGUGCCCAGCGGAGGUAGAGAGCUGGCUUGCGAAGUUUCCCGAAAUAAGUCCUUGAAUAGACCCUUUGCACUGACGUCACAAAUCCUUAGAGUGUCCUCCAGAUGCUCCCUAACAAUAUCUGUUCGGAUACAAUAACCACAUACAGCGCAAAAAUUAACCAUUUUAACACAAAAUUAUUAUAAACUUUUAAAAAAUUUGCUUUGUUUACAAAAGUUAUAUUAUACAUAGAUUGCUAAUUUGUCCUCCAGAUGCAUCAUCACUAGCGCUGUGACGUCAUGUGCAAUGGGUCUAUAGACUCGAAAACAUUAACCUGAGUAUCAGGCCCUUAUGUUUUCAUUCGCCAGGAUUGAUAAAAUAAUUUUGUUGUAAACGCGUAUAGUUUUUGUAUACUGUAUGAAUCCAAAGUCUAUUUUAGUUUUAUGUUUAUUUUUUAUUAUCUCUUAAAUUUUUGUUAUAUAUAUUUUGCACAUUUUAUAGGUAUUCAUGUUUUUUUGUAUUUUGGUAUAAAGCAGAAAUGAACUUUUACCUUCAGGUUCUUGUAACUACGCCAGAUUUUAAAGAUCCUGAACUGAGAAAUAAUUUGAGAUCAACAAUGGAUGCAUUGAUCAAAAUGAACUGCAUACCCAUCAUCAACACAAACGAUGCAGUAGCUCCUCCUCCAGGCGAGGAUCACGAUCUAAAAGGGGUACGUAUACUACUUUACAAGUAAAUUUCUCUCAUCACUGACCGGUUUUUGAAAAGUAAAUAAAAAAUAUAAUUUCAGUCCAUUCAAAAGGGAUUUAAUAUUUUGUGCAAGUGAAUUGAUAUAUUUAUACGUACAUGCGCUGUGUACAGGUGUAUGAGUCAAGGUACAGUAAGUUUCUGGUGGAUGCAUGCACUUGCCAGGUAGAUGUUAUUUCAUAGUGAUACUGUCUGAGUGUCUGUUAAACGAUGUUUAAUCAAUGAAUGGCAUCUCCUGAGGCUACUACUAUAUGCUCUACAGUAUAUAGUUUUAAAGUUGAAUGAAAGGAUUGCCAUUUGCUCCCCAUAGUGUGCAUGCAGUAUUUGGCAACAAUUUUCACAAGUGACUGGUAGCCUGCUCACAGACUGAAUUUAGUUCGCUACGUGACUGGCGAAACAUGGUUUAUUGGAAACGUGCAUGGCAAACAGAAGAGCUAUAUAACUAAAUAUCAAUUCCCUAUUAUUUUUCAAUUGUUAGUUUAUAAGAACGUUACGUUAGUUAUGGGUUAUAAGCUAUGUGAAUUAUGCAAUAAUAAUGAUCUAAUCAAAGCAAUAAUAAUUCUACCAUUACAUGUAAUCAGAUUUUAAUUUUACUAAUUAUAAUUUAUUGUAAUCAUGAUGUAUAUAAUUAAAAUAGAAUCGAAUGGUCAAUCAAUCUCAUUAAUUCGUUUGAUUUACAGUUAAUGAUUACAAUGAUUCAGUUUUCUAAUAUAUCAUGCGUUAUACAGUAGUUAUAAAUUCAAAAUGCAAUGGAUUAUUUUUAAUUUCAUUGCAGAUUUUAUUGUAAUAAAUAGUAAAGGAUCGACUUUGGUCUUUUGGACAUUACGUAAUAUGCUACUGUAUACGUUAAUUAAACCGUUUUAUGUUUUAACACGAAUGGUGGUAAUUUAAAAUGCUGUAUAAUUGGCUGAUUAUGAUCACAUGAUAUGGAACAAAAAUCACCAUUCCAGUGCGCAGUGUAAUAAAUACCAUCAUUACGUUAAAUCUUCACUCGAACAUUAAAUUGGGACAUAUUUGUUGGAUUUCUAUUAAUUUAAACUCGGGUAUUAUUGGUUUCAUAUUUAAUUCCGGCAAUAAAACAUUGAUAACAUUGAUUUAUUUUGGUGUUAUAUAAAACAAAUAAUGAAUGUUUUCAUUCGUGCAAUGGUAGAAAUAUUUUCAUUCGGUGAAAGAUGGAAUUGUCCAUUCCACUUGGCUGUUGUCUCGUGGAUGGAAAAAUGCAUCUUUCACCUCAUGAAAAUAUUUUUUACCAUUCAUAAACAUUCAUUAUUUAUAUAAGGUCAUAUUUACACAAAUGCUUUUAUUUUCUUCUAUUUCAUAGUUGAGAAGAAAGCCAAACUCGGUAAGUAUUUUCUUAAAAUGCAGGUUAAACUUGUACAAUAGUACACAUAAGGCUUGUAGGUUACUCGUACAGUACACGUUGCUUAAUCAACAGUUAUUGUACUUAAAAUGUACUUCGCCACUAUUAAACUUUAAUAAAUAUUUCAAGAUACCUGUACGUGAAUAUUUUAUAUUGACAAGCAUUUAACUACAUGUAGUGGUAGAAAAAAUUAUGGCUUUCAUUUGGAUCAUUAUUUAUACAUUAUACUGUAUUUAUACUUGAUGAAUAAUCACGAAUAGAAAAAUGGAAAAACUGAAUGUACUCUAUUAAUUGACCACAAAAUAGAAAAUAAAGGAAAAUCGUAAGACGUCGCUGAAGAAAAUAUUAGUGAGGCUAUCAGUCAAUUCAAAAUUUUAAUCCACUAUAAUUAGUAGUCUUAAACGUAAUCUGUGGAAUUGAAACUGGCACGCUAAUCAGCGACGCUGCCCUCAGUAAAGGUGGUUCCUGUAUUAAAUGGAAUGGUCCAUGCAAUACUAGAGAGUGAGGGAAAACAAAGACAGAUGCACAAGUUGUUGCAUAAAUUAAACAAAGUCAUAGGUACCAUAGACAUAUGUUCAAAUCCUUAAAUUCAAGUCUUUUUAUUACUGCCAUCAUUACUUCUCAUAUGUACGUUUGCAGGUUAUAAGUUUAAAGGACAAUGACAGUCUGGCUGCCUUGCUUGCUGUUGAAAUGCGAACUGACGUCUUAGUUCUGCUAUCUGAUGUUGACGGUAUUUACACCUCGCCUCCUGGCCGUAGUGAUUCUCAACUCAUCUCAAAGUUUCAUCCGUCUGAUUUGGAAAACAUCGCCUUUGGCGGGAAGUCUAGAGUUGGGAUGGGAGGAAUGGAAUCGAAGGUGUGGUUUUAUCCUAGUGUAGCAAUGCUCGUGGCAAUGCUCUCUAAUGCGCCCUACUUUUUAUUUUACUCUAUCUAACGCCAUACUAUUUUACCCUGUCUAACGCCAGACGAUUUUAUACUGACUCAUGAAGGGGAGAGUGCUGACACUCACUGAAUCAAUCAGACUAUCUGCCCAUGUGUCUCGUUAACCCUUUAAAUGGCGUUGCGCCCUGACGCGCACUACUUUGUUAUUUUACUCUGUCUAACGCCAGACGAUUUUAUACUUGUCAAAGGGAGAGUAUUGGCAUUCUAUGGAUUAAUUUGUAAAUAGUAAUGCGCGAAAUUUUACACUAUUUUUUCAUAUUAAUUCAAUUGUACGUCGAACAUUUCAUGAUGUAGAUAAGUACUGUAGAUAAGAUACAGUAUUUGGCUAAAAUUAUUUGACUUGCUUUGGUAUGUGUAUUUUUAUAUUCUGUAUCAUAAUGUCACAUUAAGGAUGUACUAUUAAGCAAAUUACAACUUUUAAUAAUUACAGUUUUGUUCAUUAUCGUUUUCGGUUUAUAAUUCCCCGAAUCAUCAAUCUGUGUUUAAACAUAUGAAUUUGUUUCAUUUAAUGAAAGGUUAAAUCCUCCAUAUGGGCUCUAGAACGUGGUACAUCGGUAGUCGUCGCGAAUGGUGUUGGUUCUGAAUAUCAUGCUCUUUCCAAGAUCAUGUCUGGAUGUAAAAUAGGAACUUUCUUUUCUCUUGCUGAAAAGUCCGGACCUUCAGUGGAGGAACAGGCUAUGGACGGUAAUAUAAAAAACCUACAGUAUACAUUACCACUUUAUGACAAUUUCACCUGUCAUGAAAAACGGUGAUUUAGUAAAUAUACAGUAGUGAUGCGUUUGUCAUUAUCCUGAGCAAUUUACCGUUUAUAUGGUGCCAUUGAUAGAUGAACAGCUUUGUCAGAAGCAACAAUUAUUUAACCCUUUAAGUGCAUGGCAUUAUGUCCUGAUGCGCACUAUAGUUUCCUAUUUUACUCUCUCUAACACCAGACGAUUUUAGUCGUCAUGUACUGGCACAUACUGUAUAAUUAAUGAGCCAAAACAACUAAUAGUCCUUAGAUGAUUUACAUGUUAAACGAGUGUUUUUUUUUCACAGCUAGGAAAGCUGGACGAGAUUUACAAGCAUUAGGGCCACAGGAGGUUUGUCUUCCUAUCCUUUACAAAUUAGUUCAUUUCUGUGAAUUUUUGAAUUAAUAAUUAUAAUUUUUACAACAACUAGGUUAAAACAACGGUCAUAUAUAGGAGUAUUGAUUUCACAUCUCAUUGUUUGCAAACUUCUUUCCCGUUAAAAAUUCAAGGCAACCAAGUGUAAUUAGACUGCGAGAACUGCUCGCAGUCUAAAUAUAAUGUAGGACAUACUUUCGCUUCUCUGGUUUAAUUAAAUGGAUGUUAUUUCUUUUAGCGUGCCGAAAUACUGUACAGAUUGGCCGAUCUCCUUGAAGAACGAACAACGGAAAUCCUCGAUGCGAACGCCCUCGACCUUGAAACCGCUACUUCAUCACAAAACCUCACUCCACCCAUGUUAUCAAGGCUCUCACUAACCCCGAACAAAAUCAACAGUCUGGCCGCGGGAAUUAGACAGAUUGCUGAGAGUUCCCAUGAAAACAUCGGACGAAUCUUGCGUAGAACUAAGAUAGCGGAAGACUUGGAACUCGUUCAAGAAACAGUACCAAUUGGUGUGUUAAUGGUGAUCUUUGAAUCCCGUCCUGAUGCAUUACCACAGGUUAUUUAACCAAACUAAUUAACUUUUCAUGUACCAUGCAUUCUGUUCGUAGUAUUCGCGGUCAUAUCAGGGAAUGUUAAAUAUAACCAAAAAGCCUGCUUUUGUAGCGAAGACACAUCAAAGUUUAAAGUUUAAAUGCAAGAAUAUGGCUUCAUCUUGUUUCCUUUGCUCUAUAAAGACCAUCCUCGUACUGCAAUGGGAUUUAAGAAUUUAAACUCUGCGAAUCAGAAAGUAUAAAAACAUGAAGAAUUAUCUUUUCUCAUAUUAGGUAGCCGCCUUAGGACUCAGCACCGGCAAUGGUUUGCUGUUGAAAGGCGGCAAAGAGGCGUAUCAUAGCAACCGUUGUUUGUUAAAAAUCGUCCAAGAAUCUGUGGCUAGGUAUGCUCCAAGAACAGCCGUACAACUGGUAAGAAAACUUUACUUUAGGGCUAUAGAUUUAAUCUAAUUUAGGCAUACAUGAUACAAUAAUAAGAUACUGUACUCGUGUGGUACUGUACAUCACUACCAUUUUCCUUGUUGAAAGCAUGAUUUGUCAAGCCUGAUGUCAAGCAUGAUUUGUUUUUAUUUCGCAAGUCUUACUUUUGUUGAUUCCUUAUACCUGUUUUAAAUUUUUACAUGCUUUCUAGAUAGCAUAAAGCAUGCGUUGUGCCGACACAAUUUACGCCCGCUAAGUGUGUUCAUAUAUGAGCGCGGGAAGGCGAGUGUAUUUUAAGCGAAGUAGCAAAACAUGUUUGAUGUUAUACCUACUGUAGUUGCCGAUAUCAUGCACUUAUCGAUUUCAAAGUGGGGUACAGUACAGGUACAUGUCCCUUUGUACACUGCAAAUAACGCCUAGCCUGUAACAAUGUUGUUGAAAACAGGCCUGAACAAUAUAUUGCUGCCCAUAUUGUUCCUGGUAGUUAACAAUAUUGUUCAGCCGAACAAUGCUGGACAAUAUUGUUAACAACCAAGAACAAUAUGGGCAGCAAAAUAUUGUUCAGGCCUGUUUUCAACAACAUUGUUACAGGCUGUAAGCGUUUUUUCUGUGUACCCCAGGAAUGUUGUGCCUGUUUUAGGUAGGAUACUUUAUGCAAUGUGAAUUUUACGGUGUUUAGGUGAGCACCCGAGAGGCUGUGAGCGAUCUCCUGAAACUGGAAGGAAUUAUCGAUCUCGUCAUUCCUCGUGGCUCGAAUGAACUUGUGCAACAAAUUCAAGAAAAGAGUAAGGGGAUCCCUGUGCUUGGUCAUGCAGAGGGAAUAUGUCACGUGUUCAUUGAUAAAGGUGCAGAUCCUGCGAUGGCCAAUCGUGUUGGUAAGCCACUAGAACAAAUUUGACCUCUUGUUUAUUAUGAUUACUCUGCAAAACAUUUUGAGUAAAAUAUUUUACCCUGCACAGUGACUCAAAAUAUUUAUUAAAAUUGGUCAAAUUUAUGAGCAAUUUUACUCAUAUUUUUAGAGUAAAGUAAAUCUUUACUCCACUUAACUUUGAGUAAAUUUGAAACAUUACCAAAAACUUUACUAAAUUUGCUCAUAAACCUGAGUAGUUUCACUCAAAGGUAAUUCAAUUUCGAUGAGGAUUCGAUGAUUUUUUACAUAUAACUUUACAUAUCUUUUUUUUCUCUGUGUUUAGUAAUUGACUCUAAAUGCGACUAUCCAGCUGCUUGCAACGCCAUGGAAACUUUGCUUAUUCACAAAGAUCUCGUUGGAACUCAGGCAUUCCAAGAUAUUUUGAACAAUUUGAGAGAUCACAAGGUAACAGCGUCUUCAUCAGGGUAGAUGUGAAGGGACGCAAGGGCGGCACAUUCAGUGGGUGGGCGACCCCUUACAGUACCUGUAUGUUGAGCUUCAAUACUGAAGAUAGCAAGUUGAAGACUACGUUCACACUACGCCCGAGCGGUUUGUAAAUGGCGAAGAAUAGUCAUAAUUAGCCGUCGCGUACACACAGUUUUCAUUAAUUAUUCUAACACCUAGGUGAUAUUUUGCAUUCCAGGUUGUAGUUCAUCCAGGCUCGCGUUUGGCAAAAGCGCUGCCAUUUGGGCCAAUGCCUGCAACAUCCCUACGAAAAGAAUACAGUGCAUUGGAAUGCACCAUGGAAGUUGUUGAUGAUGUUGAUGAUGCUAUAAAUCAUAUUAACAAAUACGGCAGUUCACACACUGAUACGAUUGUUACAGAAGACGGUAUGUCCCAUAGGUAGAAAAUAGUAAACGAAGCAAUCUCCGAAUGACUGAGUUUGAUAAUGCACCAUGUAUUGCCCUAGCUGUAUUGAAACUUUGUCAAUCACAUGAAAUUUACAAACUCACUGUUGGCUACAUGAUGUUUUUUAGAUGAAGCUGCGCAGACUUUCCUUAAGACUGUGGAUAGUGCAUGUGUUUUCCACAAUUGUAGCACUCGUUUUGCCGAUGGUUAUCGCUUUGGACUAGGUAAGUGGAUAUUAUCUCCUUUUUAUUUUAUCAACAGUAUUAUGGUUAUAUACUGUAGUCAGACGAUGAUUCUCCGGUCAACUAUUUUGUAAGCCGAAGCACGGAGUAACUUUAAAAUGUUUAUGAUAACAUGGUUCGUCUUAUUCUUCUUUCUGCAUGGUUCGUCUUAUUCUUCUUGGCCGCUAGGCAUUUUUAACCUUCUACGGUUAUUUCUGGUGGCCAGAAACUCUACAAAAUUUAAAAUGUAAUAUGUAAAUAGAUUUUUUUAAAAAGGGAUAAAUAAAUAGUUCUUCUUUCUUCUUUCUUCUUCUUCCUUCUUCUUCCUUUUUCCUUCUUUUUCCUUCUUCCUUUUCCUUCUUCUUCCUUUUUCCUUCUUCCUUCAUCUUCCUUUUUCCUUCUUCCUUUUUCCUUCUUCCUUUUUCCUUCUUCUUCUACACACUUUCAAUAAAUUAAUUCUUACUUAAAAAGUGACUAAAGGGUAAUUAGAAACUAAAAAGUAUAACAAAAAUACAUUUUGCUGCUUCUCGACCUCAUUUUUACAGUAUGUUGAACUCACUUAAUUGGCGUAUUUAUAAGCAAAGAAUUAUUCUGCAGAUUUUCUCGAUUCCAUGUACUAUACUAACCCAACAUGAAAUCUCUAAUCACAAUGUUGUCGGUAUCCGGCCAAUUCUUGGUUUGCACUGGAAUUGCAUAUUUUAAAUAUGCAAUGUUGUUUAUUGUGUUUUGGUUGUGUAAUAGUAAUAAAAUAAAAAAAUAAUCUCGACAUCUUUAAGGUGCCGAAGUUGGAAUCAGCACGGGACGAAUUCACGCUCGUGGUCCUGUGGGGGUUGAGGGACUCUUGACUACAAAAUGGGUUCUCAAGGGACAUGGUCAAACUGUUGCAGAUUUUGCCGAAGGCGGCAACUUGCAUUACUUGCACGAAUCUCUACCCUUGACUGUGGAGGAAGUUGAGGAUGUGAUAAGGGACACUCAGGGUGAGAUAAGGACAGAUGAGGACAUCGAGGACAGCUCGUACGAAAAAGAUAAAAUUGGGAAAGAUGGUUAAAUCCUGCCGUACGAUAAGGACAACGUCACAUUUACAAUCAAUCACAAGUGAUAAUAUAUUCAAUAUUCAACACGACACGCACGUGAAUGCUGAAGACAACUUGUGAGGUGAUAUCCUCAUGUAUCGCGCACAAUAGGUUAUGACCUUCAGGGUUGGGGAUGGGGUUAGGAGCAAAAUCAAAGAAAUAUAUUCUUGCGCGCCACAUGAGGAUAUUGCCACUGGAAGUUUGGCACGUUUAUGAUACAAAUUUAUUUUGUAUUGGUCGAGUAAUUCCCAUGAAGAUUGGACAAAUUCGAGCGCCUAUAUAUAUAGGUUUGUAAACUUUCGCAAGCGUUUCGAGCAAAACUCCAGAAAAAUGGCGAAUUUAGUAAAUUAUAAGUAUUAUAUAUGACAUCGGAGUUUUAUCCUCGAUACUCAUUUAAUCAAAACUUAACCACAAAGACUAAAAAUUAUCCAGCUCGCUGAGAUCAGUUGUAUUCAAUGAAAACGUUGAUAUGGUAAUGACUGCAAGCUCGUUACCAAUCCUCUGCAUCACACAUCGAUCAGCAGACUAGUUCCCAGUUCUCUGUGUCGCCCACUAUAUAGCGCCCUGCUAUAACCCUGCUAUGAGAUGUUAUUUUUAUUAGUUCUUGAAGUUUUAAUAUAGAACAAUGUUAUUUAGUCAACCCUGGCAAGCAUUGAACCUAUAUAUAUAUAUAUAUAUGUUAAACAUAGAUGUUUUUGAAACCCAAAAUGUUAUGUAUAUUAUAAGAAAUAGUAUUGAGUAAAAGGAAGUAUUUGUAUUUUUGGGAAGAUUCUUUCGAAAACCCAGAAUAUGUUAGUUUAAAUAUAAUAUAUUUGAAUUA